AAUGCGCUUGCGCGCUGCGUCACACUUAUCACUUAUGAAUCAGCUGAUGAGAGGAGAGGAUUGUUGCUCUGAGUUUCAACAAUAUUACAGUAAAAGUUAAAAACUAUGUCGUUAAAUACAGCGCACGCAAACGGCGGUGUCCUUAUACACGCCGGUGAAUGCAUAUUAUUAUUUUGCGACAAUGUUACAAUGGAAUUCCAUGGACAAGAGCAACCAGAGUUUCUGGGUAGUAAGCGUGGUCGAUUGUACCUAACAACACAUAGAAUGAUCUUUAACGCUAAAGAUCAGAAAGAGAGGAUGCAAUCUUUCAGCUUUCCAUUUAUAACACUGAGCGAAGUUGAAGUUGAACAGCCAAUGUUUGGAGCUAAUUAUAUCAAAGGUAAAUGCCGUGCUCAACCAAACGGCAAUUGGAUUGGAGAAUGUAAAUUCAAAUUGCACUUCAAAAGUGGUGGUGCUAUAGAGUUUGGGCAAGCCAUGUUAAGAGCUGCAUCGAUUGCUCAACGUAAUGGGCCUGGAGCUGAUGCGCCACCACCUUAUCAACCACCAACAUCAAGUUGGUAUGCUGCACCACCACCUGCUUAUCAAGCUGCUCCAACUGGGUACUAUGGCUGGGUACCACCUACAAAUGUAUUUCCAGAUAUGCCACCAGCAAACAGCGUAUUUAUGACGGAUAUGCCACCUCCAUACCCUGGUAUAAAUGCACCUUAUCAAGGAUACGCGACCGGUGCACCACCUCAAGGUGCAUGGGGCGGUGCUGGUCAACCACCCGCGUGGUCACCACCUCAACAAAAUGGUGCAGCUGGAUGGUCAAAUCCACAUUAUAAUAGUCAACCAAUGUCCCAAGCAGGUGCGUAUCCACCCUAUGGGCAACCGACUUAUAAUAAUUAUCCACAAAAUCCACCACCAUAUUCCCAGUAUCCUCAAAGUAAUAAUUACACCCAGCCUGGGUAUUAUCCUCAACAAAAUCCUUACAAUUCCUAUCCACCUACUUAUUAAUUAUAUCAAGAUUAUGAUAGUAUACAUGUUUAUUAUAAUUUAUUAUAAUAUUUUAUAUAUGUGCUAUAAAAUUAUAAAAUUUAAUACAUUUAGAAGUAAUCGAACUUUUGAAAAUGAUUCCGCCAAUCGACUAUGCGAUGUUACGAUAAACGAAGUAGAAUGUACAUUUCUUUAAAAUGUUUAAAGUGUAACCAAAAUUAUCUUGAAAAUGAUGCAAAUACAUUUAUACUACUAUAUUCCAUAAUAAUGUAACGUAUAUACAUAGAAUAAUGAAUGCUGAAUCGCUUUCAAAUACUUUUUUCUUGUCGUAUGUAUUCGCGGACAGUACGGAAAGUAUUACCUGUUAUUGUUAUCUAAUAUACUAAAGUAUUAUAUUUUCGUUGUUUUAAUAGUAUAAUAUCUUUAUGACACUCAUUAUAAUACAACGAACGUACUAUGUUAUUAAAAUUUAGUCAAACAUAA